CACAUUCUAACAGUUAGUCGCAAAACAGCCGGCGUAGUGGUCACACGGUUUAGCAAUGGAGUUCCUGAGCACAGAAUGUGCUGCGCGGUCGGCAGGACCUGCGAAUACCCUAAUGACUUUGCUGUUACAGACUUUGAUAGCGAAAUUUUGUGGAUUAAGUGAUCACAAUCGAUGGCCAGAGGAUUAUGGCGCGCGCAUUGAGAGAGAAGGUCUUGAUGAUUAUGACUUCAUUGUGGUGGGUUCAGGCUCCGCAGGCGCGGUUGUUGCCGGCAGACUUAGUGAAAACCCUAACUGGAAGGUGCUUUUGCUAGAGGCGGGUGGCGAUCCUCCCAUUGAAACGGAGUUUGUUGGCUGGCAUAUUACCACGCAGUUCACGAACUGGGAUUGGCAGUAUCAUGCGGAACCGAAUGGCAAGUCCUGCAUGGCGAUGGAGGGCGGCAAAUGUCAUUGGCCGCGUGGAAAGAUGCUUGGCGGCACUAACGGCAUGAAUGCGAUGAUUUAUGCGCGCGGCACGCGCGCUGAUUUCGACGACUGGCGCAAUCGUGGCAAUCCAACUUGGGGCUAUGAUGAUGUCUUGCCAUAUUUCCGCAAAGCGGAAGAUUUACGCUCAACCAGCGCUGACUUCAAAGAGGGUGAUUUCGGUAAAGGUGGACCCAUGGGCUUGAACCGUUAUGUGUCGGACAACGAGUUCCGUAGUACGAUACGUGAGGGUAUGGCGGAAAUGGGUUACGGCAGUUCGCCGGCUUUUACCGAGGGCUCUUGGGUGGGUCAGAUUGAUAUUUUGGGCACACAAGAUGGCGGACGUCGCAUAACGACGGCACAUUCACAUUUACCGAAAGAUCGUAAAAAUCUACAUGUCGUGCGGUAUGCGCACGUUAAACGCGUCAACUUUGAUGAACAUUUGCGUGCAACCGGCGUAACUUUUGUCCUAAACGGAACGACAGAGCAUGUUGCAAGGGCUAAGAAGGAAGUAGUGCUGUCUGCUGGCUCGAUCGGCACACCACAAAUACUAAUGCUUUCAGGUGUUGGACCCAAAGAGCACUUGAAGCAAUUAGGUAUACCGGUACUUUUGGAUUUGCCGGUAGGUCAAAAUCUUAAGGAUCACGCCAGUUUGCCGGUGGUUUUCCAAAUUGACAAGUCCGUUGCACGCAAACCAACUGAUGAAGAGCUCGUCGACGCCAUGUACAAUUUAUUGAUGGGGCGUUACAGCAAGCUGCUGCAUCAUGAAGCCACAGCGCUGACCGGUUUCAUUAAUACUACUUCAUUGCAUGGUCCCAACCCCGAUAUUCAAACCACAAACUUCUUCAGUUUAAUGCAAAGUCCGGAACUUAAAGGUUAUGUAGCUGCGACAGGAUUCAAUGAGCGCGUAGCGAAGUCUAUACUUGCAGCUAAUGAAUUCACCAACACCUACAUCACAUAUUUGUUGCACUUGAAACCUUACUCAGUGGGUCAUCUGGAACUGCGCAGUGCCGACUAUUUGGACAAACCGAAAAUCUAUCCAAAUUACAUGUCCGAUGAGCGCGACGUCCAUACAUAUAUACGCGCAUUGAACAUCUACUCCAAACUACCAGAGACCGAAGCUUUCAAGAAGCGCGAAACUGCGCUACAUAAAAUCGAUUUGGAUGCUUGCAACAAGUUCGUCUACCAAUCGGAUGAAUAUUGGCGUUGCUAUAUUAAUCACAUGACCACAACAGUCUAUCAUCCAGUGGGCACGGCAAAAAUGGGUGCUGAGGGAGAUGCCACAGCGGUGGUGGACUGGCGCCUCCGUGUGCAUGGUGCUAAGGGUUUGCGCGUGGUCGACGCCAGUAUUAUGCCAGACAUCGUGGCCGCUAAUACGAAUGCGGCCAUAAUUAUGAUUGGCGAGAAGGCUGCCGACAUGAUCAAAGAAGACUGGACGGAAAAACACACUGAGUUGUAAUGAGUCCUAAUGGUGCGAUUUAGUAUAUUUCUUAUCUGUUAAGAUUAUUUUUUUUAUGUUUGUUUGUAUGCCGUAAACAUUUUUGUUAAAUAAAGUAAUUAU